GUUUCAGUUUUUUUAAUUUGGUUAAUUUCUUGUAUGCUGUAAGUAGCUGUUGCAUAACAUAUGCCGAAAUAUACGGAAUAUUAUGAUGGGGAAAUAUUCAAUACGUGUACGGUCGAUGCGUAUACCACUAACUCGAAAUAUAAUGCUUUCACGAGACUGGAAUCCGUUGCAUACUGGAAAUCGCUUUUUCGAGAUAUAUUUAUGCCUCGAGGCUACCCGCAAAGUGUUUCCCCUGACUAUAUGAAUUAUCAAAUAUGGGAUACUAUACAAGCUUUUGCUAGUUCUAUGAGCUCAGCUUUGGCUACCGAAGCAAUCUUGCGCGGUGUAGGCGUUGGUAAUGAGACAGCAUCAACGAUGGCAGCAGCAGUUGCAUGGUUGCUAAGAGAUGGUAUUGGGAUGCUUACACGGAUUUUGUUUGCAUGGUUUUAUAGUCCAUAUUUAGAUGCUGAUUGUAAGCAGUGGCGAUUAAUUGCUGAUUGUUUCAACGACUUAGCAUUUUGCUUGGAUUUAAUUACUCCAAUUUUCCCUAAUCUUUUUAUGCCCAUCGUAUGCUUGUCGUCAAUGGUACGCGGUGUUGUUGGUGUGGCGGGCGGUGCUACGCGCACUGCAGUUGUCAAUCAUCAGGCUAUAUUGGAUAAUGUGGGAGAUGUUGCGGCGAAAGACGGUUCGCAGGAGACGCUCAUCAAUAUUUUCGCUCUUUUUUGUAGCUUGCUAUUGCUUCCUAUUGUUAACGGAAACAUUUGUGUUUGGUUGCUAUUCUGUAUUUUUACAUUCAUUCACUUGUAUGGCAAUUAUCGUGCAGUUAAAUCACUACAAUUCAGGACGCUGAAUCAAUCAUUACUUCAAAUUAUUGUAAAGAAUUAUGCGGAAACGAAAAAGAUUGAUACUGUCAGUAAAGUUAACAAUAAAGAAUCGAUGCUGUUACAUUGGAAUUCAUCACGGCGGUACUAUGGAUGUCGUUUAUCGGAUGUAGUAACUUCGUCGGAUGAAUUUUCAUUUGUAUGUUCGAAAUUUACUGUUAUCUGCGAUUUAAGGAGUAAUUAUGGUUAUGUAUCAAUGGCCAGUAUAUCCGAUACAUCUGAUCAACUUCGGGCUGCACUCUGCUUGGAGCUGAUGUUGAAUACGAGAACACUUCCCUCACCAGCUGAACUGGACGAAUUUAUUGAGGGAUUGAAGGUAGAAGGUUGGCUAGUCAACAAGCAUCGACUUGUGUUUGACUGCUGGACUUACUCAGAGAAGUAAUUCAGUUUAAUUUUGUCGUAUGGUUUGUUUUUUUCCCUAAGGCAUGUUCAUUAUUUUUUAUCUUAUUUAUCAUGUGUAAGGUUUUAUAUUGAAAAAACGCCUUGAGCAACUUCUGUGAUUAGAAUUCAAUAAGGUAAAAGACACUCUGGUUCAUUGUCAUUUCUCCCCUAAUUGAUUUUGAUUUACAGCAAUCUUCUAGCUCAUUAGCUUUUGGCGUCUCAUUGCUGUUGUAAUCCACACACAAAUAAUGAUUUACUAUUACAUAUUCCUUACGUGAUUAUUCAUUUAUUGUGACUAGUUCAUUUUUGAAAAUUUCGAUUCUGAAAUUCCUUCCUCAUCUUUCAACUAUAAGAAAUGCC